AUGAAUAACUACAUGCCGAAAAGCUUCGACGAAAUAUUGAUACACCCGAAGGACAAGCAAACCAUUUUGGACUUCUUCACCCAUUUGAUAAAAUUCAAUAAUGACCCAAUCUUAAGCAAAGAGUUAGAAAACUUGAGCAGUGGCAAACAGACAAUCAAUGUGCAGAAAUUAAGGAAUAUAUGUGUAAUUCUGGGGGCACCCGGAAGUGGGAAAAGCACAAUAAUAAAGUACCUAUGUGACAAAUUAAAUAUGCGAGAGUGCCACUACGAAUCAGAAUCGCAGGAACAUAUUUCGUGGGUUAGAAGGACCAGUGAGGAUAAUGAACAGUACUACCAUCCGUAUAAUAAUUUUUUACUCUAUUCGAAUUGCCAAAUUGGAAAUACAAAGAAGGUAACAAGAAUACAUGAGAAAAAACAGGAUGAACAUAAGCACGUGAAAAAGAACAAGGUAUGCAACAUGUUGUUGUGUCAAGGAAUCAGUAGUAACAAUAAAAGGAGGAAAAUAUAUGAAAAUGGAGAAAAGUGGCCAUUACAGAAAGUUUUUAAAACCGAAUUGAGGAACAGCCACCCGAAAGGCAGAAUGAACAAAUCGGUACCCCCAGAUAUUGAAAGUAGGGUUAAAAAGAAAAUUGUAGAACAUUUGGUCGAGUGCAGCGAACUUAACGGGAAAAUAGCUAGCUUGACGCUGAAGCUGUACAACGUUUAUGUGAAUUUAGUGAGUCCCACAUUAAGGGCAGGGGAAAAAAUAACCAAUCCACCACGCUGCAUACAAGACAUGGAGUUUUUACCCCCCUCCGUUGUGUCUAACCAGUUUAACAAAAAAAUACGCGAAAACUACAUGGUGGGGAUUAACAUGUGGAAAAAAAUGAACAAGCUAUUAACUUGGGUUUGUAAUUUGAAAACACUCAUUUUGGAUAAAGAGGAAGAAGUACGCACACUUGAGAAGGAAUUUAUAAUCGAUAUGUUUGUGGAUGGAAAUCAUAGUGAAUACAUAGUUAACAGCAUGCAGUGUUCUUCUAAUUUGAGCGAACAUAUCAAUACAAACGCAAAGUUAUCAAACGAUAUAAGGAAAUCAGUGAUAGAUAUUUUAAAAUUGUAUAUUAACCUGAUGGAGGAAGUGAAUGAAGAUUUCGCCCUGGCCAACACGCUGAUGGAAGAAUUAACAGACUUUAUCGAAAGGAAGAAAAUAAGGCAGGAGAUUGAAACUCUCAUGUCCUAUGGAAGAAACUACUACUUUUUCGUUAAUGGAAUGAGGAGGAAUGAAAUGCAAAAAGGGGAAGGAAACAAUAUGCCUAUUUUGCUCAAUGUGCUGAAGGGAGAAAAAUCUUCCCCUUCAAUUAUUAACCCACUCGAAAGUGAAGUUAAACAAUUUAUAGAAUUACACAGGGGAAAGGAAAUAAUCCCGGAUUUGGUGGAAACGACAAAUUUAAAGCGAUACAUAGGGCAACAUGAACGGAUUAGUAGUGAGUUGUGUAAGAGGGAGAAAAUAAUACAAGCGCUUACGGGUGAAGAAAUAAACCACAUUUGGAAACACAGUACUUUGUAUAGUAACGAGAAUAACGGUAUACAUGAUACCAUGGCUCAAGAAUGUCACACGAGCACAAGUCUGCUAUAUUUAAUGGCACUAAACGGUGAGUUGACACAUUUAAUUAACAAUUUUUAUAUCUUGAAUAAUAUUAGGAGCCUCUCCCUGUGUAGUUGUUUCCUGGGCAACCAUCUGACCGAGGCAUUGAUUAUUAAUACCAUCCUUGUGAGUUACCUAAAGGGAGAAGUGGCUAGUGACCUUAUCAGGAAAAAUAACUCCCCCAAGAGGGUAAGUGAGGAAAGUGCGUCUAUGAUGCCUCAGAUUCGCUCAAAAGUAGUGGGCACAAAAUUGGUUUCGACAUUCGCCAACACGGUGGGGCACAUUUCAACGAAUUUUGAAGAGGAUCACCAUGCUGCGUACAGAAAAUUGAAAGACAUACUUGAAGGGAAGAAGAACCCCUUUGAGGAUGAAACUUCCCCUUUUACUAUUGUACACAAUUGGCCACAAGUUGGUGGGGAUUUACCCUUUCCGGAGAAAACACAAAAGAGAGUAACCAACUACUGCAGCGAGAUUUACAAAAUAAACAGGAGGGUGGCGAGCAAGCUAAUCAAAUGUAAUCAUUUGAUCGAAGAAAUGAUAACUCAUUUGGGCAAAGACAAAAAUGUGAAGGUAGAAAUGCUCUGCGCCCUGAUGGAGGACAUAGAACUAAAGGAUACUACGGUGAAGUGGUUCAUACCAAAUUUUCUGGAGAAACAAAUGAGAAGAGUAAUUUCAGGGAGCUACCUCUACAGGGAAUUUGUCAACAUCGAUCUUAAAAAAAAGUGGGAAGAAGAGAAAGAAAAAAAUUAUUACGAAGAACAUUUUAUAGGCACUCGUGCUAUCCUCCUGGACGAAUUACCAUUAACCGAAUUAGAAUAUUCGGAAGACUUCAGAGCGAAUUGCGCUAGUUCGAUGGAGUUUAUAUUCAACAGAAUCAAUCACUGUAAGCAGGAAUAUGUAAAGUACGUUCGGGAGAACAAAACCACGGAGAAGUUUCCAAAAUGCUAUGCAAUUCACCCCAUGGUAAUUUUUAUAAAUGCGUAUGAACAAAUAAGGAUCGUCAAUAUGUUGCUAGGAAUUGACAUCAAUAAUUCUUCACAUGUUUCUUUUGUAAAGUUAAAAAAAAUUCACCCACUAUAUUUGGAGAAAAUCCUGGCAGAAAAGUACUACUGUAGAAUGAUCAACAUGAAUCGCAACGUGAAAGAGGUUGUAAGAAGAUUGGUACAUAACUGCAAUGGAGACAUACGGUCCUGUUUUAACGCUCUCGACUUACUAAAUCGUAUUCCAAAUUUGAAUGAAAUGUCACUCCAACAAAUUAACAACAUUUCUCUUAUGUGCCAAAAUGAUAUUUUUUCCUUUGCUAGGAAGGUUCUGUAUAGGGACCUGGGUCUGGACACAAUUUCGAUGGACCGUUUGUCCAGCUCAACUUGUUUCAACCUGGGCACAGAUUAUGCUACGUGGGAUACCAAUAAUAAGGUAACCUAUGGGAGGAUAAUCGGAAACGCAGUUGCGAGUAAUUACUCGACAGUUGCUACCGAUCAUGUUGAGGAGGCAAAAAAUCAACUCCACAAAAAUUCUCUACAUAAUUCUGUAUACACUUUUACCUCGCCUAAGAAGAUGCCGCUUAGCAUCAGCGGUACCCACCAGACAAAUCGCCUUACCAUGCUCUGUGAUGGAAAGACUCAUAACAAACAGGGUAAAACCUACAUGGAACUUUUCACGGAAUUAGAUGGCAAAGCAGAUAUGAUGAGCACAACGGAGAAGUUCCAAGUGCUAUCGUUAUUAAAAGAAAAUUAUAUAUUUUUUUAUAAUAGCUUAGCGGAUAUGGCUAGAUUAUUUUCGAACCUGAGUGUUAUUAAUUACUCCUUUCGUGGUAUUGACUGCUCAAACUUUUUAAUGAGGAAGUCGCAUGAAAACGUGAAUGACGAUGUAGCGAGGUUUGUGGAUGACCACUUCAGGUUGACCUACAGGUAUUACAUGGUCUGUAAUGUGAACCCACGGAAUCCAGUGGAUAACGCGUCCCCGGUGCAGGAUGGGUUAACAAAGGGGAGAAACAAGUCAGCCUAUUCCUCGUCCACCCACCCUGCAUCUACUCAUGCAGCAUCCGUCCACACAGCGUCCACCUGUGGAGUUGCCCCGUUAUGCCACGUGAACAAUUCCUUCACACUGAAAACCAAUUCCAUGAAUAAAUACUAUCACCAUUUUAGCUUAGUUAGAAAGGAAUUAUAUGACCGUUACAUCAUGAUUGUGCUGAGGAGGAUAGCGAAUCAACCUGUGAAUAAUUCGCUUGAUGUUGCAGGAAGGUAUCUUUUUUUCUUAAGGGGGAAUUACGAAUUGUUUGCGAGUUUUUUCCCUUGUUACAUUAUGCUGAUUAUACAGCACUGGAAUAGUAAAUACGAGUGUAAGGAUACGGCAGUGCAGGGUCAAAAUAUGGGCACACAUUUUGUUUUCUCCCCAGAUGAGCCACUGGACAAUGACCCAUUUUCCCUUAACAAAUUUUGCGACAUGGUACAGCACUUUAAGCCUUGCUGUUCGUGGGGUGAGAAAGCAGAGGCGCAUGCCACGGAAAUUAUUUCAUUUGCGGAAACAUUUAUCACUCCAAAAUUUAUAGCCCUUUUUUUCCCGUCUUAUUUGAAGUACUUAAAGGAAGGGACGAAGCAAAAGCAAAUCGUCCGGAACUUCGUCGGCAAUGAGGCAGUGUCGACCGAAACGUACUUUGAGAUGCGCAGCGCGCUCCGUCUGCACGAUAUGGAACUCCACAGCUAUUUCUUUGAGUACUGA